AGACUUCAGAAGAUUCCAGAAGUUGGAGCAGUUUCCUGAGAUUUUUAAUGGCUCCCACCACAGAUAUCUGCAGAGGGUGCUUUUUCCUAGCUUUAUAGUAAAUUUGUUGCCAAGAAGAGGAGCAAUGAAUUCCUCAUUUCACGUGCUUUUCUUGGAUCUCAACCUGAAUGCCACAGAAGGCAACUUUUCAGGACCAAAUGUCAAGAACAAAUCUUCCCCAUGUGAAGAGAUGGGCAUCGCUGUGGAAGUGUUUCUGACUCUGGGUCUCAUCAGCCUCUUGGAGAACAUCUUGGUCAUAGGUGCCAUAGUGAAGAACAAGAACUUGCACUCCCCCAUGUAUUUCUUUGUGUGCAGUUUAGCAGUAGCUGACAUGCUGGUGAGCAUGUCUAACACCUGGGAGACCAUUACCAUAUAUUUAAUAAAUAAUAAGCACCUGGUGAUAGCAGAUGCCUUUGUGCGUCACAUUGACAAUGUGUUUGACUCCAUGAUCUGCAUUUCUGUGGUGGCCUCCAUGUGCAGUUUGCUGGCCAUUGCAGUGGAUAGGUAUGUCACCAUCUUCUAUGCUCUGCGCUACCACCACAUCAUGACAGUGAAGCGUUCUGGGGUAAUUAUUGCAUGUAUCUGGACCUUUUGCACAGGCUGUGGCAUUGUUUUCAUCAUUUACUAUGAAUCCACUUAUGUCAUCAUUUGCCUCAUCUCCAUGUUCUUUACCAUGUUGUUCCUCAUGGCGUCUCUAUAUAUACACAUGUUCCUCCUGGCAAGGGCUCAUGUCAAGCGGAUAGCAGCUCUCCGUGGAUACAGCUCCGUGCGGCAAAUGACCAGCAUGAAAGGAGCUGUCACCCUGACCAUGCUGCUGGGCAUUUUUAUCGUGUGCUGGGCUCCGUUCUUUCUCCAUCUUAUUUUGAUGAUUUCUUGCCCCCAGAACCUCUACUGUUCUUGCUUUAUGUCUUACUUUAAUAUGUACCUUAUACUCAUCAUGUGUAAUUCUGUGAUUGAUCCUCUGAUAUAUGCCUUCCGCAGCCAGGAGAUGAGGAAGUCCUUUAAAGAGAUUAUUUGUUGCCAUACCUUCAGAAUACCCUGUAGGUUCCUUGGCAGGUAUUAAACAAAAAGUUUUUCUCCCUGUGGCUCUCUUUUAUCCUUCAUUUACUUUAUGACAAAAUCAGUUGGUACAGCCAAGGAGUAAGCCAGAAAACUAGAAAUCAAAAAUGUGUAGAACUGUUUCUCUUUUUUUCUGUUGAAUUUGUGCUUCACUUUUUCCCCCUGUGGCAGUUGUUAGGUCAGACAUGCAUAUGUUGCUUUUAAAAUUUGGGAAUGGGGUGUGACAAUUUUUUACUGUCCUGUUUUCCUCUUACUUUUUCUUCUGCUCCCACCCAUUUCUGGUAGUCCAAUCUAUCCUCCAUCUAGUAAGUGUGUGCUCAGGGA